CUGAUCAGUGGUGGUUCUAUUGUAAGUGCUGAGGCAGUAUGGGAUCACGUCACCAUGGCCAACCGGGAGUUGGCGUUUAAAGCAGGAGACGUUAUCAAGGUCCUGGAUGCUUCCAACAAGGACUGGUGGUGGGGUCAGAUCGAUGAUGAAGAAGGAUGGUUUCCCGCCAGCUUCGUGAGGCUAUGGGUAAACCAAGAAGAUGGAGUGGAGGAGGGAACCAGCGAUGUGCAGAAUGGCCAUUUGGAUCCAAGCGCCGACUGCCUCUGUCUCGGCAGGACCGUUCAGAACCGAGACCAGAUGAGAGCCAACGUCAUCAAUGAAAUCAUGAGCACGGAGCGCCACUACAUCAAGCACCUCAAGGACAUUUGCGAGGGUUACUUAAAGCAGUGCCGGAAGAGGAGGGAUAUGUUCAGUGAUGAACAGCUAAAGAUCAUCUUUGGUAACAUUGAAGAUAUCUACAGAUUUCAGAUGGCUUUUGUCCGGGACUUGGAAAAACAGUACAACAACGAGGACCCCCAUCUCAGUGAAAUUGGACCAUGUUUCCUUGAACACCAAGACGGCUUCUGGAUCUAUUCGGAGUACUGUAACAAUCAUUUGGACGCAUGCAUGGAGCUUUCCAAGCUGAUGAAAGAUAGCAGGUACCAGCAUUUCUUCGAAGCGUGUCGUCUAUUGCAGCAGAUGAUUGAUAUUGCCAUAGACGGUUUCCUUCUGACGCCAGUGCAGAAGAUCUGCAAAUACCCCCUGCAGCUCGCAGAGCUACUGAAGUACACCGCGCAGGAUCACAG